UUUACGAUCACCUCCCGCGAACCGUGCUGCGUGGUCUAUGCUCCUGGAUCACCCAUCUAACAUCGAGCGCACGACCCAAUCAGUCAAUCAGACUCCGCUCUGCAGCGGGACUCGCAACGAUCAACGGCGCUGAACGGAGUCGGGGCCUCACGGCUUAUCGGGAAAAUUGUGCCACACGCGUCCCUUUCAACAGUCACCAACAGCUAACGACGUUUUCCCACAGCCCGAGUGAGGAAGGAUGUGCACUCCGCACGCCCUGCGGUUGAGGCCGGUCGCGGCUCCCGGCCGACCGCGGUACUGGGCGCUGUCCCGGCGCCUGUGGCAGUUCCUGGCCAUCCUGGUGGCCGGUCUGCUGAGCGGCACGAUGCUAACGACAGCCCGCGCAAAGCCGACGCUCUCGUUCCAGCUGUCCCAGAUUCCCGGCUUCACGCACAUCGUCGAGCGCCGGCUGAUGGACGCCAUGAAGAGCUACAGUGAACGCCGGCUAGACGUGGAGAGUUUGCGGAUGAUUUACUUCCACGAUCAAACGGUGGCGGUAGUCGAGCUUGGGCCGGCAAAACGACUGAUCGGAUGCGAACUGAUAGAAGUCUACAACGAUGCCGAAGGAACGGAACUACUGCGCAAUCUGUCGACCAUCAACCGACCAUUGGAGGUCUCGUUCCGCGACAUGAUCAAACUGAUGGACCAGUGCGAGCAGGUUGAUCGGCUCAACGAGCGUAACCAGCAGCAGCAGCAGCAGGGCACCGUGGCACCGGACGCGUGGAACGGAGGACCGAUCGCGUACCGGAUCGCUUCCGAUCGGGACUCGGGUCAAGAAGAGAGCAACCCACCGGAGUCAGCGGGCUCCGCCAGUAGUGACGGUGGGUUUUUGGCGCUGAUCAUGAAGAACCGCAGUAGCAGCAGCAGCACCAGCAACAGCAGCAAGCGGGGCAUCUUUCAUAAGGGAUCGUUUUCGCUGUUGAGCGGCAUCAUCCCCGGAACGAAGUGGUGCGGUACGGGGGACAUCGCCGAUGGCUACUACGAUCUGGGCGAGGAUGCGCUGAUGGAUCGCUGCUGCCGGACGCAUGAUCUCUGCCCGAUUAAGGUGCGGGCAUACCAGAAGCGCUACAGCUUGAGUAACAACUCUAUCUACACGAAGUCACAUUGCAGAUGCGACGAUAUGUUGUUCGAGUGCCUGAAGCACACCAAUACCUCGGCGGCCCAGGUCAUGGGAUUGAUCUACUUCAACCUGGUGCAAGUGCCGUGCCUGGAAGACACCUCAACCGGACUCCAGUUCCGGAAGGCCCGCGAGGGCUUCUAAAGACGGCCGGGCAGGAUUCUCAGACGCCUAAGAUAGUGGAACGUACGAAGGCAAUGGGACGAAGGCAGUAAACGAUUAUGCCCCCUUAUGCCCAACGCCGUACCCCACCACCCCUACCCAAAUCCCAGAAUGGGGCAAGUGAUGUGAUAGAUUCGGCAGAAAACACGGCAGGAGGAAACAUUGACCGAGCUUUGGCGGCUUCAAUGGCAACCCUGCUGCACCUUCGUGGUUUUAUUAAAAUUGGCUGCAAGAGACUAGCAAACCACUACACUACUAUCAUCGCUGCGAGACAAAGCGCUGCACUGGUGCAUUGCGAAUGUAAUUGGUUCUUGUAAGAACACUUGGAAGACUUGAGUUGUCAACUAAUUUCGUACGGUUGUCUCUCCAAAGAGAACGACUCCAAAUCAAAACAGGAAAAUCACGUAUACUGUAAUGUUAUUAUUUUCAUUUUAUUUUGUUUUUGUUUUUAUUGUUUUAAAUCAACGGACCUUGUAUGGUGAGGUCAUGGCUGCAAUAACUAUGUAUUUAAGUUUGGAACUAUUGUUUAACUAUCGGCCCGCGGUUGGCCGGGUGUGUGUUGUGAGUGGUUUGGUAUCAAGGUGCAGACGCAUGGAGCAAUCGACUUGGCUCCCUCGAACGAACCGUAAAUGUUACGCAACCAGUGAUAUGUAACGUGUAACAGCGCGUGUGCGGCAUUUUCAAAAGUCCCCCGCAACACAGAGCUAUACUCAAACAUUGCACACUAUGCACACCGGCCGGCCGAUUGCCAUUUUCGCGAGAGCCUUUGCAGAUUAAGUACUAGAAGUA